AUGUUUAGACAUAUAAAUAAAAAUAUUCAUAAAUCCACUCCGAAUCUUUUAACCCGUGGAAAUGCCAACUUCCCAAGAAUUUUACAACCAAUCCAAUACGACGACCAGCCAUCCACUAACAAUCUCUACAACGACAUUCAUAACGCUCCCAUUUCCUUCAAAUCCCCUGUAAAUUUACCAAAGACACACAACAUCCCGAUCGCUACCCUUCAACUGAAAGCUCACUCAACAGAUAACUUGGAUUUCUUCGCUGACUUUGCACAAAGAUCUGCUUACCAUUUGGGAAUCGUUCUCACUGGCCCUGUGCCCCUUCCAACCACCCACCAACGCUAUUCCGUUCUCAAAUCCCCUUUCGUACAUAAAAAGUCUCAGGAAAUUUUUGAAAAACGUACACACGGCAGACUUAUUAAAGUUUGGGAUUCUGACGAGCAUGUUGUGAAGAGAUGGAUCGCUUACCUGGAUAGUCAUUCUAUGUCUGGAGUUCGGAUGAAAUUUGAACUUAAUCAAUACCUGAAAUUGAACUUUGGUGAUGCUUUACCGUCAAUUGCCAAUGACUCUCUUAGAUCUGAUGAUAUUAAACAUUCAGCUCAAUCUCUACAGCAUUCUAUUAUUGAAAAUCUUCACUCUGAGCACAAAUAA